CGCGUGAGCCGAGGCGUACUGAUCAGUUGUCUUUCCACAAUAAUGUGGAUUAUAUAUUCUUUGCUUGUUCCAAUUGUGGCAUCAGCUUCUGUGCCGGGAGAUUCUGCCAAUCCAAAUACAAAACUCCUAGACAACAUUCGUGUUUACAUCCAUGAGGAGGCAAGUCCCUGCGAAGAUUACCAUCAAUAUGCCUGCGGCAAGUAUGCGACUAAGCACUCUGACGAUCCCUUCAUGGAAAUCACUCAGAUGCUGGACCACAAAAUGAAUCAAAAGCUCGUUCAGGUGAUGGAUGAACUCGAGCAGGGCUCUGAAGCACCCGGGUUCAACGGUUCCAGCUUGGAGGCAAAGGUUCUUCGAUUCUACCUUAACUGCCGAGAUGCUCCGGAGACGAUGCGCAAGGUCCAACGUUACCUAAGGCUGGUGCCGCCGGAUGGGGACUUGUCGUGGCCUCAGUUCAGUGCCGGUAGACCCUGGCCCAAAGAGAAGUUUAAUUGGAUGGAGACUUUGGCACGUUUACACCGCUACGGCCUCAGCAACGUACUGAUCAGCGCAGUUGUGACACAAAAAUUGGCAAAUCGCAGGGAGUUCAUUGUGGAUCUCGGCAUGCCCAUCUUUACAGGAGAGAAUGAUCACUUGAAAGGUUUUCUGGAAAGCUUCGCCACUCUUCUCAGUUUGGGGGUCCAGCGAUAUUCUAUUCUCCCUUUAAUCCGCAAGAUGAGGAAGCUAGAGAACUCGAUCCAGAAACUGACUGACGAGGAAGACGACGACGAGGAACUUCAAUUUAUGACAUUGCGACGACUUGAGAGCGUAACUGGCCUAGAAUGGAGGAAGUUCUAUGAGAUAAUAGUGGAUCAUCAGAUUCCACUCAACCGCGAAGUACAAGUGAAGAAUUUAAAAUACUUCCGGGCCCUCAAACGAGUGAUGGAUGCCGCUGACAAGGAGCUGGUGGCGAACUACAUUAUGACCCGGUUUAUCAUACACCUGACAGGUGACAGCAGGGAGGACAACGACCCCAUUGAGUGCAUGAAGGAUGUGCGCCGGAGCAUGAGUCUGGCUACGAAUUUCAUAUACCAAGAUCGCUUCCUUGCCCCCGAAACCCUUCAGCGGUACAGCAAUGAAAUGGAAACUCUAUUCGAUCAUCUUCGUCGGAGGCUCCUGAAACUUAUUGAUCAUAAUCACCUGCGCUUAACAGCGCAGCAACGUCGAUUCGUUUCCAAUAAAGCAAAGGGUAUAACUAUCAAUAUCGGAAAUGUUCCCAAGACCCCGGACCUUCGUGCAUUCGCUGACCAGUAUUACAAAGGCCUGGAGAUGCCGGCAGCCGACAAGGACUACAAUAGGGAGCACCUCAAACUUUUGGCAUAUAAAACCCGCAAGUGGGUGGAACAACUUAAUUCUGGGGCGCCCACUGUCGAUGAAUAUUUUUACACAAGUGACUCGGACACUCUCAUGAGCUCCAGUCCCUUCUACAUACUGCGGGAAAACCAAAUAAUAAUGCCCUUCGGCCUGUUGCAGGAGCCUCUGUUUGUACCCGAUAGUCACAAUGUUUUCAAAUACAGCCUAAUGGGUUUUGUCCUUGCCCAUGAACUAACACACGCCAUUGAUGGGGAAGGAAUUUUCUUCAACACUCAAGGAAACGUGGACUUAUCGGUCCUGGAGAUUGUAGAGUCUCCCCGGUUCCAGGAAGGAAUGGAGUGCAUGAAUCGCAAUAAGACAGACUACAUAAAUGAGCGUUUGGCAGACAUCACCGGACUGCAUCUGGCCUAUGGAGCCUACUUCAACAACGAAACUGGUACUCCCUUCCAGGUCAGUCCCAGGGAAUUCAAUCACAUGUCCCAGGAAAAGAUUUUCUUCCUUAAUUUGGCACAAUUUUUCUGCGGCGACGCAGACGCUUCUACUUUUCUCGAACAUGACGAGGAUAAGUUAAGAUUGGUGCAUGUUCUGAGCGGAUUCCCGCCCUUCGACAGGGCAUUUGGUUGUCGGAGAUCCAGUUCCGAUAAGUGCAGGCUCUGGUGAAAAAGGAUUAAGCCAAACGAUGGGACGCAACCUUAUGAUUUAUUUUUGUAACUACUAGAAAAAUUACAUUUGUACAUUGUUGUUAUUUUUCUGCUAUAAACUUCGAUUGCAACUGAA